GGUACAUCCUCCAGGGGCGGGACUAAAGCGUCACACUUCCUUCCCUCCACUGCUUAGACAGGAUGGAGUUGAUCCGAGGAGCUUUUAAAGGAGCCGGUUUGGAAUUAAGUCAGACUAGACUGCACCUACACUGACGCUGGAAUAGGAAGGACCUUCUGAAUUCAAUAAGGAGUGAGAUGGAUCCAGAUUCCGAGGCUGGUUUCCCAGAAGAUGAACCAGAAAUAUUGCAGAUAACGAUCAAAGAAGAAGAACCUGACUUUGAAUAUGAUGAGAACCAAAUGGAAAAUAUUGUAGAUAUAAUUACUGAUGGUGGUUCUGAGUGUGAACCUAAAGUAAAAUCUGAGGAUGAAGAGUCAGAAGAUGAGGAUCAUGUGACUGCGAUGAAGAGGGACAUGGAUUCUGUCCCUGGGGCUGAGGACAGUGACCCUGAGACAACGAGAUUGGAUACAAGAAGCAAGAAGCCUUUACAGUGUGCCGGAGUAUUAGUGGGACGUGAGCAGCAGCAAGUUCUAACCGACUCCAAUACUGGAUAUGAGGAUUGCUCCGUCAGCUCUGAAGCAUCAGCUUUUAUCUGCUCUAAUUGUGGAGAAAGUUUUUCUGAGAAUUCCAGUCUUCUUGCUCACGUCUGCACCGAUUCUGGGAACAAUAAUUAUCCUGAAAAAGGGGAAAAAGCAAAAAAUAAAAAUGUUUCCUGUGUGACGUGUGGGAAGCUUUAUAGCAGUAAAUCCAAACUACAGAAACAUCAGCUGGUCCAUAGUGGAGAGAAACGAUUUACGUGCACGGAAUGUGGCAAAAGCUUCUCCACCAACAGUCACCUCCAGAGACACCUGAUCAUUCACACGGGGGAGAAACCAUUCAAGUGCAGCGAGUGUGGGAAAAGCUUCAAUGUGCAGAGCAACCUUUACAUCCACCAGAAACUUCACAAACCCGAAAAGCCUUAUAAAUGUACUGAUUGUGGCAAAAGCUUCUCUUUAAAGGGCAACCUUAACAUGCACCUGAGGAUCCACACCGGGGAAUUAACUUGUACGGAAUGUGGGAAAUGUUUCACCAAAAAGACCGACUUUCAAAAUCACCUGAAAGGUCACACGGGGGAGAAACCAUUCGCUUGCAGUGAAUGCGGGAAACGUUUCAUUAAAAAGAGUUGCUUUCAAAACCACCAGAAAACCCACACGGGAGAGAAACCUUUCAGCUGCACCUGUUGCUGGAAAAGCUUUUGUAGUAAACAGACCCUUGUGACCCACCUGAGAAUUCACACCGGGGAGAAACCGUUCUCUUGUAUAGAAUGUGGCAAGUGUUUCCCUAGGAAGAGCUCCCUCCGGAAUCACUUGAAAGGUCACACGGGGGAGAAACCUUUCUCCUGUAAAGAAUGUGAGAAAAGCUUCUAUGAUAAGCGCAGCCUUUCCAGGCACCACAGUGUUCACACAGGGGCAAAACCCUUUAUGUGUAAAGACUGUGGGAAAAGCUUCUCACAAAAGUGCAGUCUGCACACUCACCGCUACAUUUGCAAAGGAUCUCGAAACACUGGAACUGAAGUGAUAUCAGAGUAUAAUGAACAGGAUCCCAAGGAUCAGCUGACUGUAAUAAAGAGGGAAAUUGAUGCAGUUGUCGUUGCAGAGGACGAAACUGAAGUGAAAUCAGAGACGGAAGAGUCCGACACUGACGAUCACGUGACUGUAAUAAAGAGGGAAAUUGAUUCUGUUUCUGGGGACGAUGAAAAGAAUUGGGCCUCUGAACCCCCCAGACCUUGGUCAUGUAAGGUACCAGAAGCCAGUGAGUGCUCAGAUACAUUGGAUGCAGCCAAGGAGCCAUUACAGGAGUCUGGAGUAUUGCUGGAGUGUGAGGCUUCCACAAGAUAUGACAAUUGCUCAGAAAUGCCCACGACAUUGGGUCUUAUCUGCUGUAAAUGUGGGGAAAGUUUCUCUGGGAAUAGGGAUCUUCUUACUCAUGUCUGUGGGGAUAACAACAAUGAAGUGAGGGCAGAGGAUGCAGAAGAGGAGCCUGUGAAGGCCAAUAGUCAUACAUUGAAUAGCCACCUUCAUCCGACAAAUCAUAAAUUGGCCCACACAGGGGGGAAACCAUUCACAUGUACAGAGUGUGGCAAAGCCUUUUCUCAAAAGAGUCACCUUCUCAGACACCAUAUUGUCCACACAGGAGAGAAACCAUUCAAGUGUGCACAGUGCGGGAAAAGCUUCUCCCACAAUGGAAACCUUCUUAGCCACCUGAAGAUUCACACAGGGGAGAAACCAUUCCCGUGUAAAGAAUGUGGGAAGUGUUUCUCUCGCAACAGCAGCCUUCGCAGCCACCAGAAAGUUCACACGGGGGAGAAAUCUUUCACCUGUACAGAAUGCGGGAAAAGCUUCGGGAACAGAAGUUACCUUCACCUCCAUCAGAAAAUCCACGCAGGAGUGAAAGCUUUCCCUUGUACUGAAUGUGACAAAAGCUUCUAUGUCAAGCGCAACCUUUGGAGGCACCAAACCAUUCACACGGGCGAGAGAGAUUUCACGUGUAGAGAGUGCGGCAAAUGCUUUUCACAGAAGAACAAUCUUUACAAACACCAGGCCGUUCACACAGGGGUAAAACCCUUCACAUGCACAGAAUGCGGUAAAAGUUUCUCGCAAAAGAGCCACCUGCAUAGUCACCUGAACAUUCACACAGGGGUGAAACCCUACGCCUGUACAGAAUGUGGCAAGAGCUUCUCUCACAACAGAAACCUUUACAGUCACAAAAAAAUCCACACCGGGGAGAAAGCGUUUACAUGUACAGACUGUGGGAAGUGCUUCUCUCAGAAGAGUAAUCUUCUUAAGCACCAGACUGUGCACACGGGGGAGAAACCAUUCACCUGCACAGAAUGUGAGAAGAGCUUCUCUCAAAAGAGCCAGCUUCAUCGACACCUGAAUAUCCACACAGGGGCGAAACCCUUCACUUGUACAGAAUGUGGGAAAAGCUUCUCUCUAAAGUGCAGUCUUCAGAGCCACCAGAGGAUUCACACAGGGGAGAAACCGUUUGCAUGCUCUGAAUGUGGGAAAUGUUUCUACCAGAAAAGCAAUCUGAGCAAACACCAGGCCAUCCACACAGGGGAGAAACCAUUCACAUGCACAGAAUGUGGCAAAAGCUUUGCGGUUAAGCGCAACCUGCAACGACAUCAGAAUACUCAUGAAGCAAGAAGCCAUAGAAGCCCCGAGAAGGUGGAUAACUGUUCUCUAUCAGUAGUGACCAUCUCAAAUAGUUCAUUACCAGAACAAGGCUUCCUCAUAAAAGAAGAGUCUACUGAAACACCGGAAACUAUAAAUAUUGAGUUUCCUAUGUGUGCCGAGGAUGAAGAGUCGGACACUGAGGAUCACAUGACUGUAAUAAUUAAGGAAACAGGAUCUCUUCCUGGAGCCGAUAACGGCAGCCGUUGGAACUCGAAGACCCUCAGGUCUUGGCGGAAACACGAGAAUCGUUUAAUUCAGGAAGAUACAUUGGGAACCACCAAGGAGCCGUUGCAGGAGUGCGAGUCUGGCUCUAGAUACGACGAUUGCAUAACAAGCUCUGAUUCAUCAGGUUUUAUCUGUAGUAAAUGUGGGAAAAGCUUCUCUCUGAAUAGUGACCUUCUCACCCACGUCUGCACCCAAACUGACACGUCUAAUAUACGUUCCAUAGAGAACGCGGAAGACAAGCCUUACUUCUGUGCAGUAUGUGGGAAGCACUACAGUCGAAAAUCUCAUUGUCAGAGACAUCAGCUGGUCCAUACAGGGGAGAAACCAUUCACAUGCUCAGUGUGUGGCAAAUGCUUCUCUCUUAAGAGCAAUCUGCAGAGUCACGAGCGAGUUCACACAGGGGAGAAACCAUACAACUGCUCAGAAUGUGGGAAAAGCUUCUCCCAUAAAAGCAUCCUUAACAGACAUCAGAAGACUCACAAGGGGGAGAAACCUUGUCAAUGUGCAGAAUGUGGGAAAAGCUUCUCUCACAGCAGCCACCUUCACCGGCACCAGAAGAUCCACACGGGGGAGAAACCAUUCACCUGCACAGAAUGCGGGAAAACAUUCUCUCGAAAAGGCAAUCUGCAGAGCCACCAGACCAUUCACACGGGGGAAAAAUCUUUCAUUUGUACAGAGUGCGGCAAAAGCUUCUCUCAGAAAAGCAACUUGUACAGUCACCAGAAAAUUCACACUGGGGAGAAACCCUACGUCUGCACGGACUGUGGCAAAAGCUUCUCGCAGAAGGGAACUCUCUACAAACACCAGGCCAUUCACACAGGAGAGAAGCGCUUCAAAUGUACAGAAUGUGGCAAACGCUUCACACAGAAGUGCACUCUCUACAAACAUCAGACUAUCCACGCCGAGAGGAACAUACUACAUGUACAGAAUGUAGGGGAAGAAGAUGAAUCCUACCGAAUAAGCAGCCUACAGAAGAAGCCUACCGAAGAAGCAGCCUACAGAAGAAGCCUACAGAAACGGCCUACAGAAGAAGCCUACAGAAGCGGCCUACAGAAGCAGCCUACAGAAGAAGCCUACAGAAGCAGCCUACAGAAGCGGCCUACAGAAGCAGCCUACCGAAGAAGCAGCCUACAGAAGAAGCCUACAGAAACGGCCUACAGAAGAAGCCUACAGAAGCGGGCUGAUUCUUCAUAUAUAGAGCCCGGGAGAAUGAAGGACCGUCUGACCCCGAUACAGACUGACAUGGAUUCAGUGGGCUGCCUGGCUUCCCCCCAGGCACAAACAGAAAUAUUUCAGGUAAAGAUAAAGGAAGAAGAACUGGACCCUGAAUAUCAGCGGCAAUCAAUGGGAACCUUGGCAUCUCCACUUACUGAUGGGGGUUCUAUAAAGACUGAAGCUGCAGUGAAAUCCGAAAAUGAAGAGUCGGACCCGGAGGAUCAUGUGACUGCUGUAAAGCAAGAACUGGAUGUUGUACUUGUAGACACAGAGGAGCCGUUACAGGAGGCUGGAGUAUUUCUGGAGACAUCGCAGCACAAAGCACAAGAUUCCGGCACAAGAUAUGAAGAUUUCUCAGCAAACUCUGAGGCACCAUUUAUCAUCUGCUGUAAAUGUGGGGAAAGCUUCACUAGUAAUACUGAUCUCCUCUCCCACGUCUGUAGCCAUGAUACUAACGUUCCCAGUGAAGCUGCGGAGGAGACGCAUUUUUACUGUACAGAGUGUGGGAAGCAGUUCAGUAAAAAAUCUAAUUUUCAGAGGCAUCAGUUGACUCACACUGGGGAGAAACCGUUCAAAUGCACAGAAUGUGGGAAAGGUUAUUCUCAGCAGAGCAGCCUCCACAUUCACCAGAGGAUUCACACAGGGGAGAAACCUUUCAUGUGUACAGAUUGUGGAGAAUGUUUCUACCUCAACUCUCAGCUCCAGCGUCACCGGGUUAGCCACACGGGGGACAAGCCAUACACGUGCACCGAAUGUGGGAAAUGUUUCUUUAAGAACACUGAGCUCCAGCGUCACCAGGUUACCCACACCGGGGAGAAACCGUACGUGUGCAGUGAAUGUGGAAAAAGUUUCAGCUUGAAAACACGGCUUCAGCGACACCAGAUUAUCCACACUGGGGAGAAACCCUUUAAAUGUACAGAAUGUGGCAAAAGUUUCAAUGUGCAGAGCAACCUCCGCAUCCACCAACGAAUUCACACCGGGAGGAAAACUUUAUAUUGUUCGGAAUGUGGGAAGAGAUUCUUUCUCAAGGGCAACCUGCAGAAACACAUGAAGCUUCACACCGAUGAGAACCCGUUCACUUGUACAGAGUGCGGGGAGAGAUUCUUACAAAAGAGAGCCCUUCGCCAUCACCUGAACAUUCACACAGGGGAGAAACCUUUCAGCUGCACAGAAUGUGUGAGAAGCUUCUUUCAUAUGCGCAACCUCGCUCGUCACCUGAAAACACACGAGAUAAACGAUGUAUAGAGAAUGUGAGGGGUGUUUGCUUAUCCAUAGACUUCUUAAAGAAACACUAAAUAAAACAAAAUGGCUACUAUAGUUUAUAUAAACAAGCUGCUGUGUAG